GAAAUGCCCGCUGGCAUAUUGUCGCACUCCCGCCUCCUUCCGCUAGUAAUCCCGAACGCGUUGUCUGUCAAUCACAGUUUCAAGUAGUAACAGCAACAACCAGGAGUUCGCGAUGCCUGAAGGUGGCGUCGGAGACGUAGUUAGAGGAACUGGUGAAGGAGCCCAACCUGCUAUGAAGGGCGACAAGGGCUCAACUCUUGCAGGAUUCGCCAAAAUGCUCGCCAGUGCCGAUGAAAGUGUGUUCCAAAGCUCGGAAAAUGUAAUCAAUAUCUUCAAAGAGGUCGAUGAGACCUUCUGCGAUGCAUCCACUUGUGUCGCCGAUCCAUGUACUUUUGCAGCCACUUACUCAUGUUGGGCGGUGAAUUGCCAGCAGGGCUGGAACGACCUGUUCAACCCUCGAGGCGCCGAAGUCCUCCAGUUGAAGAGGGGUCUGAUCUACUUCCGAACAAUGGAUGUGAAUACGGAAGAUUUGGAUUCUCUCGCUGACAUCAAGUACCUGUGUCUGUACCUCUGGUUUUUGCGCCAGCAUAGCUGCAUCUCCGCGGUCUACAUCUCCCUUCCGGUCCUGGCGCCCCGGCACCUACCCCUCUUCUUGUCCCUGCUGAAACUUACUGAUGGUUUACGACAGUGUGAAAUCAGGGGCAAUGAUCCGUUCAUGGAACCUUCACUUCCCGUUUGCGAGUUUAGAUUACGACCUCUGAGCCCUCUGUCCAAACUGCGAGAGCUGGGGCUGGCCGCGGUUCGUUUGACUAACUGAUGACGUCAACAUCCUGGCCCGUGUCGUGGAAAGAAGCGAGAUGCUCGUCGCCCUCGUGCUCAUCGACGUUGAGAUGGGUUCGGUUGCGUUCGCCGACGUCGUCGCCAAGGUUAUUCAACACAAGAAGCUGCAGGACUUUCGCGUUAAGAUGAAAGCUGUAGAGCCCGAGACUAUUUUUGAUGAAGCCCUCGGUUUGAUCGGCAGCUCGGGCAGCCUCUUGAGGCUGCACGUCCACGUCGACCGUGGUUUGGUGAAUCUGUUGCGGGGCCUACAGGGAUGCACGACGCUGAACGAGCUAAUCGUGGAGAAUAUGAUCGAAGACGCGGAAGCGGUCCGCGCGCUCGCCGACUUUUUGGAGAAGCAGCAGUCUUGCAGGUGCUUGAAGGCUUGCAUCAACACAAAGAUGCUCGAGUCUGUGUACCGCGUGCACGACGACAUGGAGCGUAUCAUCGGCAGCAGUUCGGUAGAAGUCCUCAUACUCUCAGGGUCUGUGUUCGCACCUCAGUCGGUUAAGCAUCUCGUCGACGGGCUAGCGGCGAGCAAGAUGUUGAAGCAGCUCCACUUGGACGAUACCCAGCUCGCGUGUGCUGACGUAUUUCCCUUUGUGAAGGUUGUUAAAGUACGCUCGAAGAAAGGCGGGUUCGAGGAGCUCAACCUGGGAGAAGUCUCUGGCAGCGAGAACGAGCUCUGCGAUUUGUUAAGGUUCAUGACGGACGCAGACGUCUGCCACCUGAUCACGCUUACGUUCCACGAGCGUCUCAUACCAGCCCUGAAAGAGUCGGCUACGAAUAGCGGCAGGUUUUCCAAGGUGACCCUUUCAUACGUCGAAGCAGAGCAAGCCGAACCCGCCCUUCAAGCGCUUAGGCUGACGGCGAGCACGUUGAAAAGCAUCUGCAUCGACUCCCCACAAGACAUCAGCAUUCUCGGCGGCCAGUUCCUGGCUUACCUCAUCCGCAACUGCAAGUCUCUGACAGUUCUCCAGCUGAGGUGCAGCACACAGGCAAAGGCGGCCAGGCAGAUAUUCAAGGCCAUAGCCCAGUCCAAGAGCCUCGUGGUUCUCUCCAUCGAACGCUUGUGCUUUGAAGACAAGUUGUAUCCGGACCUCGUGCACCGCGACCUCGUGGACAUGCUCCGGCAAAACCAGAGCCUACAUCGGCUCGAAUUCUACCUUCGAGAUGUCCAAGAGUACGAAAAACUGAAGCCGUACCUCGUUGAGGGUCUCUCCGCCCACGAGUACCUGACUUCACUGAAGAUCUACACCGGCAAGGUGCGCAAAGAGCUUGUCGUGCGCGAGCCCGUGAUCUUGGAGUGUCUAGGGAGUCUAGUAGCGACAGUGACUGUGACGUAG